GAUCAGCUGCGUUAAAGCACGAUGCCCCUUUAAGAGGAAGGAAUUAAAGGGGGGAAGGAAGUGAGAGGACACUACUUCCUCGUAGCGCUCACCAUCAAAACAUUAUUGGCCGUGCGCGAUGGGUGAGUCCGCAUCCUCCAGUGGACACCGCGCGAUCUGACCCCCCGGGCCGCACGUCACCAUGCUUCAGCUGAACGACUCGGUGGAGCCCGAGAGUCCGGGCGUCGCGAUCCUCCACCCCGCGGACACGGAGGAGGGGGUCGAGGUCGCCUUCACGCCGCCGGAGGCCGAGCGGAGCCUCGGGCGCGGAGCCUCCGUGGCCUGCUGCACCCCGCUACAGACGCUGACGCCUUUCCACGUGCGUAACCCCACGAUGCAAGCGAAGGUGAAGGACUAUUUCGUGUUCAGGCCAGGCACCAUCGAGCAGGCGGUGAGCGACAUCAGGACGGUGGCCCUCCCUUCCGAGGACGGAGAGGUGCUCAGCGUCUGGCUGCUGGCAGAAAUCGACCACUGGAACAAUGAGAGGGAGCGACUUGUGCUUAUAACUGAUAGGUCGCUGCUGGUGUGCAAGUACGACUUCAUCAACCUGUUGUGUCAGCAGGUCGUCAGGAUCUCGCUCAACGCUGUAGACACCAUCUCAGUGGGCAUGUUUGAGUUCCCACCCAAAUCCCUCAACAAGCGAGAGGGCUACGGGAUCCGUGUCCAGUGGGACAAACGUCCUCGCGCCACGUUCCUAAACCGCUGGAACCCCUGGUCUACAGACAUGCCCUACGCCACCCUCACAGAGCACCCCAUGGCCCACGCGGAUGAGACGGUGGCCUCUCUCUGCCAGAUGGAUAACUUCAGGACCCAGCUGGUGCAGGCAGUGAAGAAAGCCCACAGGGAGCACCCCCUCCCGGGUCGGGCCAACGGUGUGCUGAUGCUGGAGAGGCCCCUGCUCAUCGAGACAUAUCUCGGUAUUAUGUCCUUCAUCAACAACGAGGCCAAGUUGGGCUACUCCAUAACCCGUGGAAAGAUUGGCUUCUAAAAGCCAGUUUCUCCAAAUCACCCCUGAGUUCAACCCACAUGUCGGAGUUAUGCCGCGCUGAGGGAGCCAUCUGUUAAGUUGAGCCCAUCUCAUGCCACCGCGCCUUAAAUCGGGGGCUGCGGACCAGGACUCCGCCUUCUGUAGGUAAAUAGUGCACUUGUUUUGCGGCCCGAGUACCCUUUCCUGCAAAGAUUUGCUUUCUGAUCCAACGUGGGCCCCCCAUGCGACAUAAGGAGAGCUCAUUGAUAAAACACUUCUGUACUUAUUCUAUAAUUGCCACCUAUAUGUUCCAUAUUUGCUGCAUUAUUCAGAUCAUAGGGCCUUAGGGCAGCUUUGCAGAAUACAAUGACAAAUGAUGGAUAGAGGGACUAGUUUCAAGGUCAUCUUACAUGGUUACUAAAAAGAUUUACCAACAGGAAAACAGUUUCAUGAUCUAGGCAGAGUGGAACUGUUUUUUUUAUAGAAAAUAACUGUUGGGUGGGGAUAAACCAGGGGCCUGUUUCAGAAAGGAGGUUAAGUGAAAACUCUGAGUAUGUUAACCCUGAAAUGAGGGAAACUCUGAGUUUUCUGUUUCAGAAUGGGAGGUAUGUUAAACCUGAGAAAGCAGAGUAAGUCAAGCCUGUUUCAGAAAGAGAGGUAACUUAUACUCAGAGUCAGUUACCAUGGCAACUUACUCUGUGAACCUAACCUGGUCGGGAGCAGGUUUUCUUCGGGAAACCCAGAGUUUAUUUCGUCUCCUCCCCUUUUUUAAAGAGGAAGUGGUAUUUAAUCACCUCAUUCAUUCUUUCGGUAUUCAUUCAUUGCGCACAUUUCAGUCACGCAGAGCGCAUCAAAUCAAGUGAAUGAAAUGGCAUGUUCUUUUAUGGACGAUCCUGUGGAUGAAGAGGCUGCAUUAAUCCGUAGGGAGUUGCAUUUACGUCGGGAGAGGAUUUUGAGACCCAGAGUGGAUUUUUUGUCAUAUCCAUAUUCAUUUUUAUUUGAGCGGUACCGUUUUUCUUUACAGUCAAUAAGAUACAUCCAUAAUCUCAUCCAUCCUUACAUCAGAAACAUCAGCCAUCGCGGCCGUGCUCUAACAUCCGAGCAGAUGCUUUGCGUUGCAUUACGUUUCUUUGCAAAUGGUAGUUUUCUGUAUAACAUUGGGGAUGCAGAACAUAUCAGUAAGGCUACUGUUUGCAGAGUUGUAAGGAAAGUGUGCCUCGCUCUUAAGCGCUUUCUCCGAAUUUUUGUGCCGUUUCCUGGGCACAAACCCGUGAGAGCCAUCAAAGAGGAGUUUCACAGGAUUGCAGGUCAGUGAUGUAUAAAUCGGUUUAAAUGAGGCUAACCUGAUAAAUGACGUUCAGUUAAGAGCAUAUUGCUGCGACCCCUGGAAGUAAACUAAUAAUAGAAUUCCUUUUAGGAUUUCCGAAUGUGGUUGGGUGCAUUGAUGGCACACAUAUUCCCAUCAUUGCACCUUCCGAAAAUGAAGCGGACUAUGUCAACAGGAGGUCCAUCCACAGUAUUAAUGUGCAAGAUUGCACCUACAUGAAAAUUAAAAUUAGGUUGAAUAACACACUGUUCUUCCAGUUUCACUUCUGAUAUUAUAACAGUUGGGCAAGUCACUUAUAUUACUAACUACAACUGGCUUCUUCAACAGUGUAAUUAGAUUAAUGUAAUAAUGACUAUCUCUAGAAAGUAUUGGUCUACUUAUUACUAAUUACUUUCUAAAUCCCAUAUCAACUUCAACCACUUGAACAAUACAAGGAGAGACAAGAAACUGCACUUUUAAUGCUUUCAAAUAAACAUUAUACAAUUGCAUGAAUUAUUCUUGAAAAAAUAUAUCUUUUAAAAUUUGAUGUUAAAUCCACUAUUGUUUUAUACAGAAUUGCUUUAUAGUUUAUGCAGCAUUUAAUGCAAUUACAUCAGAUUUUACUUUAAAUUACGGAAUUAAAUUAAAGUUUUUAGAUUACAUAGAAAUUAAUUACACGCAACACUGUAUAACAGUAAUUCAAAUGUAAACUUACGCAUUGACUCGAGCAGCUAUUUUCUCCCAAGCUAACUCUCUGUCCUUCGCCGCUGCAGCCGUGUUGCUUUUAAAAAAAAAUAUAUGUUCGUACUCUCCAUAUGCUUGCAUAAGCACAUCCAGUUCUGCUGGUGAAAAAUAUGAAGACCUCUUUUUGUCUGGCGCUGUUGCCAUGGUGACUCGUAAUAUCUGCGCUCCAUUGAUAAUGGCUUUUUAUAGUUGUGGUCCACGCGCUUAACUCAGAGUAGGUCAACUCAGAGUUGAUUGAACUAACUCAUUUCAGCUGUUCUGUAACCGAAAACUCAGAGUUUCCCAUCUCAGGGUAAGUCAACUCAGAGUUCAAGUUUUAACUCAGAGUUGGUUGAACCUCCUUAUUGAAACAGGCCCCAGGUGUUGUGCUCUCCGUGUUUACAUUUGCCUGAAUCAUGUCUUUGCUCAGAGUAUGGCGCUUGUGUCCUACAUGCUACAUUAGCGACUAAAGCAAAAUGUUGUAUGUUACAGAUGUUUUAUGCAACUUAAACUUGUAAACCGUGUUGUUUUUCAGUGAUUUGCCUUAUAGGUCCUGCAUAUGUUUCAGGCACACAGGUAUUCAGCUGCAUUAACCUUUUGCAGUGGGAAUACAGUUUUACUAAAUGAAACUCAGACAAAGCUUUAAAUUAAAUCUUAAACCACAUGCGGUCUGUAUAUAUCUUGUGAAGAUUUAAGUGUCAUGUUUUCCUAUAAUAUGAAUGGUUACAGGGCCUGCUUGGCAAUGUGUUGCAAAAUGCCCUUUUCUGGACUUUACUUUUGCACGUCUGCAUGAGAUGUUUUUUGUAAAAGAAUAUAUUCAAACAGUUUGUAAAUACUAGUUGGGUUUUAAGUAUCUUAGUUUGUUGCAGUAAACUCAAAUGCUUCCAGAAAAUAAAUAUUUCAUUGCCAGUU